AUGAAGUUCAUUAUACAACCGAAUAAAUUGUUCAAAACGAUGAAUUUCGAUAGUAUACAAAUGAAUAUCAAAGUGAGAACUGUAGAAGUGUUACUAUACGAGACAAAUGGAGAGCAAUAUCAAUUCGUGUUGAAUCAGUCACCGGUUGGAGAUCUCUUUGCUGAUAUUCAUGUCCAGAAGAUUAUGUAUAAACGACAAAAAUAUGUGAUGGAUGAGAAAUGUCCGAAUAAAUACCUGUUAGCAACGGAAAAUGCAUGUCUAUUAAUCCGGAAGAUCCUUCUGCAUGAGAACACCAAAAUCAAAGAAUUCCAAAUUCGUUUUUUGAAGCCCGCAGCGGUUGCCAAGAAUAACACUCUUGAAACUCACAUCCGAGAUUACAAUGAAGGAGUUUAUCCAUUUUUCAAAUUUAUGGUCGAUAACGUCUUCAUGUACGAUAGAGGACCAGGAAAACCAUCAAAGGAGAACUUCCGAUUGAACGUGGAACAUCUCAUUCUUCGACACAACGGAAAACAAGAAAAUCUCAUGUUGUGGUUACCGUUUCUGAAAGAAAAAGUUCUCAAAGUCAUCGAAAUAUACAAUAUAAUGAAUGAGAUUCCAAGCGAAUUCACUACUGUAUGCGCAACACCACAGUGGCUUGCGGCGGAAGAAGCGUACGGAUGGACACAGAAACCAAUCCAGUUACCACUUGAAGGUUAUUGGAAUUUGAAAAAGUUUCAUUUCCAUUUUGAUGUGCCCACCCCGAAAGACUUGGCACACCUCGUUCUUCACUUCACUUGUCAUGGAAAUCUGAUCGAAGGCAGAAUGACGAUAAGAGGCCAUGAGAACGUAUUCAAAGGACUUUGGAAAUCAGAAGACGAAAAAGCACAAAAAGAGGGUGAAGAACUUCCGGCCAUAUUGACAUACAAAUGGAAUUGUAGUGAUGGAAACGUGCUGAGAGCGACCGUUGGUGUAGACUUAGUUGUCUUCGUGAAAGGCCCACUCGCCCAAGUUUUCCCCCAUUACAUCUCACAACCCACGAAAUAG